GGCGGGCGCAGCCACUCGAAGUCGGUGCUAAUUUUUAGGGGGGUUAGGGGAGAUCCCUAAAAAAACGAGCCACAGCCCGGUCUGCGAGUGGGGGUCGGCUGCAGGCCACGGCUGGUCGGCUGCUGCCCGCGCCUCCCCGUGGAAAGGGUUAAGGCUGAGCCCUCCUCCUGCUUUACAUGAGCUGACAUCACAGCGGAGGAGCGGGGUUACGGAUCCGGAGCCACGCCAGUGUGUGUCUGCGCGUUCCAUUGUUACAGAUCAGAGACCAGAAGGGAGGGACCCGCUUUUCCCGUGCUGAUGCUCCAAGGAGACUCCAGUUCUUUCCCCCAGUCGCAGCAAAAUCUCGGUGCCAAAGAGUCGCCCCGGCCGCCGCCAGCCCGCUCGCUCCCGCUCUCGGUGCCCGGGGAGUGCCUCCCCCUUGCUCCUGGAGGAGAGAAGCAAAGACAUGGAGCUUUGCAACUUGCACCAAGCUGGGACCAUCUGAUCGCAGCAACGUGGACUGGAAAUUAACAAGCCCUUUCCCCUCUUUGCACAGCCCGGCCGGGCGGCGGGGGGAAGAGAUCCAGCCUCCUGCGUGGUUGCCUUGGGAUUUGUUCCCCGGUGAAGGGCUCCGACCUGCCCCCAGGGUCCGGAGGGGGAGGCGGAGAAGGGGAGCAUGACUUGUCCUCCGCCUGGUUUCAGGGAUCGGCGGUGCUAAGGGAGAGAGCUCUGCCCCUGCGGACGUGGUCGCCGGAGGACGAAGGAGAGCUCCCCACUGGGGGGAAAAAAGCCGGGUCCGGGCUCCCUCUUGGAGCAAUUUUUGCAACCCCAGAAGGGAGGCUGUCCGCGACAAUCGGUGGAUUUUUAAGGGGCCCCUGCACAGCCUGCCCCGCCAGAUUUGCUUGGUGUGCCCGAUAUUUAUUGCCCCUGCCUGGGUCGUGUUUGUAUUUUCCUUUGCCAUUUUUUUUUUGGAAGGGGGGUGGGGUGCAAGCCCAAGCCAGCAGCUCGCCUGAACCUCCGCGUCGCGCCCGGUCCCUUUGAGUAAGAAACUCUGAUGGCUCCGCACCGGCGGUCGAGUCGCCCUGGGUGCUGGUGGACUACUGGAGUUUGCUUGCUGGUGGCUUCCCUCUUACCAGGGCUCUGGGCUCAGACCGUCCUGGUCAAUGACACAGUCUCGGGGUUCAUCGGGACGGACGUGGUCCUUCACUGCAGCUUCACCAACCCGCUUCCCAGUGUGAAGAUCACGCAGGUCACGUGGCAGAAGGCCACCAAUGGCUCCAAGCAGAAUGUGGCCAUCUACAACCCUGCCAUGGGAGUCUCCAUCCUCUCCCCCUACAAGGAGCGCGUGACCUUCCAUAACCCCUCCUUUAAGGAUGGCACCAUCCAACUGUCCCGGCUGGAGCUGGAGGAUGAGGGCGUGUACAUCUGCGAAUUUGCCACCUUCCCAACCGGCAACCGGGAGAGCCAGCUGAACCUCACUGUACUGGCCAAGCCCACCAACCGGAUGGAGAGCACCACCCGGCCCCUCGUAGCCAGAUCCGGCAAGAUGGAAAAGAUCUUGGUAGCCACCUGCAUGUCCUCCAAUGGGAAGCCGCCCAGCACCGUCACCUGGGACACCAAGCUCAAAGGGGAGGCGGAGUUCCAGGAGAUCAAGAACAGCAACGGCACCAUCACGGUGAUCAGCCGGUACCGCCUUGUGCCGAGCCGUGAGGCCCACCGGCAGCAGCUCAUGUGCGUGGUCAAUUACCAGCUGGACCGUUUCACCGACAGCAUGACUCUCAAUGUGCAGUAUGAGCCAGAAGUCACCAUCGAGGGCUUUGACGGCAACUGGUUUUUGAACCGGAAGGAUGUGAAACUGACGUGCAAAUCCGAUGCCAACCCCCCCGCUACCACCUACCAAUGGAGGCUGCUGAACGGCUCACUGCCCGAGAACGUAGAAGUCCAGAACAACACCCUCUUCUUCAAAGGGCCCGUCUCCUACAGCCUGGCAGGGACGUACAUCUGUGAGGCCACCAACACCAUCGGCACGCGGUCGGGGCUUGUGGAAGUCAAUGUCACAGAAUUCCCCUCCACCCCGCCUCCCAACGAUGACCGCAAAUCAGUGACGCAGCCGAACAUCCCCACGGCCGUGAUUGGGGGCGUGGUGGGCGGAGUCUCGCUGGUCCUGGUGGUGGCCGUGGUGCUCUUUGUGGGGCUCCGGCGCCGGCAUCACACCUUCAAGGGCGACUACAGCACCAAGAAGCACGUGUACGGCAACGGGUACAGCAAGGCCGGCGUCCCGCAGCACCACCCGCCCAUGGCCCAGACCCUGCAGUACCCCGACGACUCGGACGACGAGAAGAAGCCGGGCCCGCUCGGGGGCAGCAGCUACGAGGACGAAGAGGACGACGCCGGAGGCGAGCGCAAGUUGGGCCUCGCCAACAAGUAUGAGGACGACGCCAAGCGGCCGUACUUCACGGUGGACGAGACCGGGGCCCACACGGAGCCCUACGGCGAAAGGACACUCGGCUUCCAGUACGACCCCGAGCAGCUGGACCUGGCUGAGAACAUGGUCUCCCAGAACGACGGAUCUUUUAUUUCCAAAAAAGAGUGGUACGUUUAGCUCACCCCCUCCCCAGACCCCCACUCACGCGCCCCCCCCCGCCCUCCAGACCCCGGCCGAGGGCUGUUCGCACAUGCAUCGCACGCGCGCACUCACAUCCAUGCACGUCCACUGCUGCCCGGCCCAAGGGAGCUCGACAGAGACUUGAGACGCCUGCCACUCACUCGGAGGCAACGCGGGAGGGGUGGGAGGGGCUGGUAGCUUUGCUUUUGGAUCGUUUUUUGGGGGGAGGUUGUUUUGGUUGGUUGGUUUGUUUUUUUAAUUUCUCCCAAUGACUUUGUCCCCUUCUGUGGUGUUUGUACUGAUCAGUGGCUUAGGUGUUACUAUUUGCUUUAACCACUACUGCCCAUCCUUGUAUAAUAUGCCCUGUUUGUGUCUUAGUGUCUCUAAUCGCCCUUCCUCAAAGAUCCCUCCCGCUCCAUGCCCCCCGAAACACUGGAAUAUGUUUGUAUGUUGUCUUAUUUGGGGGUGGGGGGAGUCCAUGGGAGGGCAAAAAAACAGGAGGACCAAGGAGGGGAAAAGCACAAAGCAAUGAAGACCUAGAUGCCAUAUCAGAUGAACUUUUUUGUUUGUUUUUUUUGUGGUGUUUCCAUUACCCACAAUGCGCCUGUGACAAGCGAGUCUGUGUUAAGCAUGUCAUAAACAAAUUAGAAUCAAAGGAAACUAAGCAAAAUCCAAGGCGCACGGGGCUGUUAUUGGCACAGGGAAAUGGAGCUGCCGUUUUCUGCCUCCCAUUUAUUAUCCCUUUACAGUAUUUAAAAACAAACCAGCAAAAAGAAAAGGAAAAGAGAAAGGGGUGGGGGGGGACCCUGGCCGUGGUGAUGCUGCUGGUCACUGCUGGGGUGUCCUGUUGUUUAAAGACGUGAAGGAUUUUUAGUUUUAGCCAAGGAGGAGUUAAUUUCACCCUGUUUCCGAUACGCGCCUGUCCUCUGCACAUUCCUCCAUGCCACAGUGAUGGGAAGGGUUCCAUGAAACACCCCUGUGCCCUUCCCGCAAACAUGCUGCCUAUGGGGAUGGUGCCACCCAGCCAAGUGGAUGGUUUCUUUAGGGGAACUCCAGCGCCAUUCAGAAUCAAUGGGGGGCCUUUGUGUUGACUUCAGUGGGCAUCAGGCCAGGCUCUUUGUAUUUAGACUGCUAGCUCUUAGCAGUCAUCAGUUUACAUCCUUCCCCUUUGUGAGAGCAUUGCCAGCCACAUCUCCGUCAUAAUGAUCCCUGCCCUUAUGGCCACUGAUAGCCUGCACCAAAUAGCCCCUUGGGAGGCUGAUUGAGCCGUGUGUGCUGAUCUCCUCUCCCCCACGUUGAGAUGUGAUGGGGAAGUUGGAGGGAAGCUUGGAUUGCUGCUACCCCUGCUGUUCUGUGGCUAAGAUUUCAGUCUCCAGGGCUGUUGGUCUGGCACGGACUUUCCACCAAGGCAGGAUUCACUAGGUGUUUGGUUUUUUUGUUCCUUUAUCAAAUGGCUAAAUGAAUCUCCCGUUGAAAAAGAAAUCACCGGUUUCAGAGGCGUAUUAUAAUGGGUUUAAUUCUCCCCCAGUGCCAUAUACGGGUUUCAUGCCAUAGACGUUGACGGUGGCCCUGCCAUACAACUGGGCAGCAGACUCGGACCCUUUAUAAUAAUCCAGACCCAAAUCCCACAUCCAGGUCCAGCCAGACUCUGUUCCAAAACCAACUCCACGGUUUCUGGCUUGAGUCAGGUACAGUCGGACUUGACCCAGACCAUUCCCUCAGCUGAUCUAUUUCAUUACUGCUAUGGGAGAUGGGAAAUCAGGUAACUCUCUUGUAAUUGUUCUGGCUUUUCCUGGUGGUUUCUGGGCUUCUUGGGGGAAACACCACAAGAGUGGCUGUUCUUGGGGUGCUUCUGUCCCCAUCGAAAGCAGGAUGUCGUGGAGAUCUCGGGAGAGACCGUCUCCACAGAUCCAGGGGUUCAGAGAAGCCACUAAACUUUAGAGUGCCCAUCCAUCGCUGACAGGUGAAUCCAUACCCAGGGAGACUGAAUUCUACCCUCACUUCAACAUAGGGAUUUGGGGAUCUCGGAUUUCUUUUUUCGUACUACUGAGCAAAUGCCCCAUUGAAGGAAAUGAAAUCCCCAGCAUCCCGUUGAUUAGGUACCGAUUAAAGGCACUGUUGUAACCCUGCAAACCCGAAGGGAGUCAAGGCCUCACCCAGUCCUGCCUAGGGAUAGCAGCACAUAUUGGAUGAAGGCGCACCGCCGUGAUAUGAGACUCCCAGCACAUGGCGGACACAUAGGGGGCCCGGGAUAAAGACAGAGCAGAGGAAGUAACUUUAUACUCCUGGUGGAUCUCAGUCAGUCACUUACCCUCCUGCAACCUUGCUGUCACCUCGGGUGGUCUGGUGGUUCCGUACUGUACGGUGCAUCGUACAGUAGAGAUGGGCCCUAGCCAAGUUCCCAAUCCCAAACAUAGGGGCUUCUGGAGCCAGAUCUGACUCCAAAAAGGGCCAAACCAAAAUCCCAGGCCCAUGCUAACCCCAAACUCUGGGACAUCCAAACUCCAGCUGCAGGUGUGAAUUUGGCAGCUCGGGCCCACCUCUGAAUGUACCCGCCCACAUGGGUGAGCCAGAACUUCAUGCAAAAUCCGCAGGCCCAGUUGAGCAGCCCUUGUGUCCUGGGUUAACAACCCAAAGAAGCAGGAGCCCCCAAUCCAGGGUCUGGCAAAUUUUCUUACUGCUGAAUCCCGCAGAGUUGCCUCAGGGUAAUCCCAGCUCAUUCUCAUGUGUUGCUUAUCAGCAAUACACCCUGUUUGCAGAAUCUCUGAUGCAGUGAAUCCCCAGUCAUCCUGUUUCCAUCCCUCCUUCCCUUCCUGAUCAGUUUUCCUGGCUAUCUAGAUCUCCUUGUCCAGCUGAGGAGAUGGAUGUUUAUCGCCAGGGGGAACAUGGAUACAGAUUCUCAGCAGGAGGUUCAGUAGGGUGCAUGGAGCCAGAGCCAGGGAAGCAGGAUUUGAUUCCUCUUUGUGAUGGUUUGUUUGCCUGUAUUUGAAAGUGAUACGUCCCCUGUUUCCAAAUGACUAGGUGAUGGGAUGGCAUGUUCCCUUUGCGCGUAGCGUGCAAAUGUGAAGUGAGGAGAUGUGCCCAAAUUUCCAUUUGCACGCUCAUAUGUGAAAGCAAAUUAAGUCACCACACCAGCGCAUGCACCCUUUUUUAGACUUGUGUGUAAAUGUGAACUGACCAGAUGUAAGAGGGUGUCUUGUUUGCACACUCGCAGGCAGGAGGUGAGGUAAGGUGUGGUGUGAAGCAGGGAGCUCCCAUUUGCACACUUAGAUGGGAAUCCUGCCCUCUCGUUAAUGAUCCAGAGUGUGUGUUUGUGUGAGACUCUCGCACCUGUAGGCAAAUCAAGGGCUCUUUAGAGCUAGGGAGACAGACACAUAGCGUUCCAGUGUAAUGAGGAGCAAGCUUACAGCCUUGGGCAGACACAGCAGGCUGGCUCAGGGCGCGGAUCGGGAAGUAAAUGUGAUAGAUCAUAGACAGGCGGGUGGCCAUGGGGGAGCGAGGGCUGAGGGGAGACACCAUCGUCAUUGGUAACAUCACCUCCCCAGGGGUUAAUGGCUCAUUCACCCACACGCCCCCCGCAGGGUGUGAUUCCUAGAUCCCAAGACCAGCAGGGACCACUGGGAUCGAGUCUGACCUCCUGUGUAACACAGGCCAGAGACCUGCCCCUAAAGAAUUCCCAGAGCAGAUCUUUUCAAAAAACAUGGCCAGUGAUGGAGACUCCACCGUGAACCUGGGUAAAUUGUUCCCACGGCUAAUUACUCUCACUAUUCAAUGUCUAUGCCUUAUACCCAGUCUGAAUUUGUCUAGCUUCAACUUCCAGCCAUUGGGUCGUGUUAGACCUGCUGUCUCUCUGACUACACCAGGGCCAGUAGAAAAGAUGAGGGGGAAAAAUAUAUCCAAUGCCACCCCCAAACGGGGCCCUGCCUGCUUGGCUAGCUGCACUCCUCCCCUCUGAACCAAGCAGGGCCCACCUCCCCUUGCCAUCAGCACAUCUGGCUUGGAAGCUACACCUCAAAUCUGCUCAUUCCACAGCGUGAGGUGGUCCCAGGCACCCCACUGGCUUCCUCUGUCCCCACAGCGCAUCACCAGGGGCAGGCCUGGGCCCUAUGGCCAUGGAAAAACCAAGGGCACCUAGCUCCGUCCCCCUUCUUCUCAGAAGAAGGAUGCUUCUGGCUCUCGUUACUGGAAGGGUGACCAUUUAUGGGGUCAGUUAAUUGGACAAGCGUCCCUCAUGGGGCCUUAAUUAGUGAGCCUAAACGAUUCGCCAUUAAUCUAUAGCGAGGAAUAAGAUGCCUCAUGAAAAAUUAUGGAUUGACAAUUUGUCUGAGAGCUGCUGGGAUACAAUAACGAGACCCUGGGAGUCCAGCCCUUCUGCUGCUGCUUGACCCUGGGAGUCCCGUCCCUGGGAGUCCAGCCCUUCUGCUUGUGGGGGGCGGGGCGGACAGUGUCCCACCUAUUUAGGUCAAAGGGGCUGUCGCGGCAGGAAGGUUGUGAAGGGGAGAUGUGUAGCGGGCUAAACUGAGGACGCUGUUCGUUCUGUGUCCCAGGGCUGCAUGGGAGCUAAUGGUUUAGAACUGGUACUCCUUCCCCACCCCAGCGACUUGAGCCUCACAGCCCAGCGAGGUUAGCCUGCCCACGAGACACACCAGAGCUUAGGGGUCUGUUACAGGAGUGGCUGGGUGAGGUUCUGUGACCUGCCAUAUGCAGGAGGCCAGACUAGAUGAUCACGAUGGUCCCUUCUGGCCUUCAAUUCUGUGACCUGCGCUAACCAGCAGGUGCAAUUAGAGAGGAAGCCUGCCUGGUGUUCAGGGCCCUGAGUCAAGGGAUGGGGAAUCCCUGCAUAGCUCUGCCACCGGGAAGUCACUUAACCACUUUGUGCCUCGCUGUCUCCGAUAAGGGCCCAGAUUCUGAUCACUGUCGCGCUGCUGUAAAAGCGGUGUCGGACUGUUGGCUUGUGACUCCUGUUUGACAGCGCGUGCCCCCAUUGGCACCAGGCCCAGCUGCUGGGCAGUGGCAGUGAGCGGUUCCCAUUCCCUGAGGGAUGAUGGUGGUCAUGGCGCGGGUACGCCUCACUCCAAGGAACGAGGGCUGGUGGGACAGUCAGCCCUCUGUCAUUCUGACCCUCAGUCUGUCACUUGCCCCCGUGAGCCAGGCGCUGAAGUCAAUGGCCUUGCACUAGUUUAGGCCGGAGAGCUACAAGUGCACAAAUCACAUGGCUCAGGCCCAUGCUGGUGGUCCCAGGUCUGGCCUUUGGUUUGGACAGACACGCCGCCCCUUGCUUCCAUGCUUUGCUCUUGGAGAUUUGCCCCUGGUGGCACACAGAGGCUGAGCCAGGGAAGAUUGGCAGAGACCCUGGGGGAGGGGGAGCAGGUUUCGCCUUCCUCUGCAGUGGGGGGGGCCCAUGGGUCACUUACAGGUUUGAACUAGAGUCAACUAGGGUGGAGUCUCUGUAACUUGAAGUCUUUAAAUCACGAUUUGAAGACUUCAGUGACUCAGCCAGAGAUUAGGGGUCUAUUACAGCAGUGGGUGGGCGAGGUUUGUGAUAUGUAGGAGGUCUGGUUAGAUGAUCACGAUGGUCCUUAAAGUCUAUCAGUCUGUGAGAACUUUUCAAAGUGCCAGUGAGAUUCAGUUGCCCAACUCCCAUUCCUUUCAAUGGGAGCUGAGUGUCCAAAUCCCCUAGACAGCUUUGCUGAUCCCGGCCAAGGCCUCUCACCUUCCUGAGACAUGGCACUUUCAUGCUGUGAACCCAGGCUUUCUACCCCUGGGGAAGGCCAGGAAGAUACAUUGGGGUGGCCUCCACCGCGGAGUAUUACUAAGGGAGGGGGUCUAAUUUCCAGUGGGAGAUCCAGGGCUAGCUGCCCUUGUGGCCGUGGAGAAUGAGUUCCUAGGGGGCCGUUUGCAGAGCUAGGGUUUAAUUCUCCAAUAUAGUCCCCUUUCUAGCCUUCCUCUCUGUUAACCAGGCAAAAGAGCACAGAUUUCCAUGGGGGCAGGAGACAGGUAGCUCCGCUCUGCCCCUUCCCUACAGCUUGCCUUCAUGUGUGCUCCUCCUUCCCCUUCCAUCCACAGCCUCUUUGGCUUACCCCCAGGGCAGACUGUUAUGCACUAGCGCAGAGGGAGGGGGAGCCCAUUAACCAAAAGGGGGAACAGGAGGCCUUGCUCAGGAGUUUGCAUGUGGCACUGAUUUUGUAUGGUUUCCCCAUCCGCUGGAGCCACUUCUCCAUGGCAUUGGCUGCUGGCACAGGUAGCUCCAUGAGUCAGAGCCACCCUGCCCCUAAGAGCAGAGCACAGAGAAGAAGCCUGCCUAGGGAGCACAGGGGAAGAAGCAUACUGGAAGGGACCUUUUGGGUAUGUGCAUAGAACCCAGAUCCUUGCAAGUCAUAUUGCGCACAUCUGUGCCCACAGGGAAAUCCUAGAGCUUGCUGAAGAUAUCUGGGCAGCCCUAGCCAGCCCUGUGUAAGCAGUAGUCCCUGGAAGGUCCACAGGGAGAAGGGAUUGUUAGUGCCAGGCAAGGAUAUGGGCACGGAGGUUGCAGACAAGCAGCCCAACCCUGACAUGGUAGCCCAGGAAUUAUUCUCCAUGCAGCUGCCAUAGGGAAAGAGACAAGUGGGGAGAAACAAAGCCUCUAGGACCCAGUAUCACAAUGAGAAGGUGAGGACAGCAGGAUGGAAGGGUGACCCGCCUGGUAAAGAAAGGCCUCAUUAUAUGGCUACAGGGUCCUACUCCCGGGUCCAGAGAUGGCCCAUUGGGGAAAUUAAGGUGAAUUUGGUCUGAGCUAUAUGCCAGUUUCCCUUUCCCUCCCACAGGGAGCUGUGCACAGGCAGACAUGUCUCCUCCUGCAAACUAAGUUGAGUCUGUAUUAUUUGUAUGAAAACGCCCCAGCUGUUUUCCUGCUGGGGUCUAUGUCUGGGAUUAUCCAUCGCAAUUCACCCCAGUGAUGUUAUUUUCCCUGAUUUAAUUACAAGAUUGUUUGGUGGUUUGUUCCUGUGUUUUUGUAAAUCAUUUUUAUUCAAGUCAGAAAAAACAAAAAAACAAAACUCCAUCUGAAGUUUUCUUUAGGAAACAAACAAACACAAACAAAAAUCCAAACGUUAGAGCUGAAUUGAUUGCAGAGACAGCAGGGACAGAGGAGCCUUUUCUGGCUCAUCGUCGAAAGAAACUCAACGACUGUUAAGCACAGAUCGCUGAGGAGGAGAGAGAGAGUCAGUAUAGCAAAUAGAGAUGGGAGCCACUGGCUCCUUCAUUCUCUCACACACAUGCAAUGAGUCUCACAGUUCAAUCUGCUGGAGGAGGAGGGCUGAGAGAAAGGGGGGGCGGUCUCCAUUGAGUUGUGUAGGUGGACACAUUUGUAGCAUGCCAGCAGGGCUACCCAAACAAAGCUCUACUAGGAGUUUGUUGUGAAGAAGUGGGGGCUGGGACCUACUCCAGUCCCAGGUUUUUUUCCCCAAGAGGAGGCAGUGCAGGGCGUGUUGUGGAAGUGCUGACGGGAGAGAUGCUUAGAGCUUCUCCAGGCCAAGCAGCAGGAAAUGCUGUGGAAACACUGGCCGGUAGAGAAAUGGAGAGUUUCUACAAUCCCAGCCCAAACCGACAGCUGUUGGAAAUGCUGGCGAAAUGGUGGGUGUUUGGAAGAGUAGACCAGCAGGAGGGGCGGUGGGGAAUGCUCCAGCAACAUUGACUGUGCGGCUCUCGUGGCUAUCCCAGUCCCAGCCUCUCCCAGCAGGAGGCGCUGUGGGGAACGCUGCCCGCACUUCUCCGUAUCCUACGUGGCUUUUACGAUAGCACUUUACCCCUCCCCCAGUUUGUGACUUUCUUUUUCUGUUUUGACAUGAUCCGUAGUGACUUAGAGUGACUCGCUUUGCGUACGAAUGCGUUUCCCUGCACAGCACCCCCUUCCACCAGGAGAGGCAGGGAAUGUGUGGGGGAGGGGCAUGGGGGUGGGUGGGGCAGGAGAGGAUGAGGCUGUCAACUUGCUCCGAUCGAAAUCCUGCCUCUGACCGUCAUUCCUGGAACUCGCCCACCACUCUACAAAGGGCCAACCUUGCAGCCGUUACUCACCUGAACGAGCCCCGUUGAAGGCGAUGGCACAGUCUGAGAUUCACCACCGUGCCAAAGAACCAGCACCAGUCCCGGUGCCAUGUUAUCCCUUAAAACAGGGUUUAAGUAGGAAGUAAGAGGGGACGGCCCAGAUCCCCAAUGGUAUUUAGGCACCGAACUGCCAUUGGGCUGAGGAUCUGGGCUGCAAUGCUUUGGGCUGGUCCUCCGCAUGGGGCUGAAGUCCAUCCAUGAGCAAAGGUGGCAAGACCAGGCCCUGCAGAAGGGGCUUGUUCCAUAUACAUUCGCACAGCGCGGCAUUCCAUAUGUGACCUACGUGAGGGUGAAUGUAAGUGUAAUGAAUAGAGGGGGCCAGAUUCUCAGCUGGUGUAAAUGGGCGUCCAUGGAGAGCUGCUGCAGCUGAUCUGGCUCGCUCUUUCUUUUCUUUCCAGACUCCAGUGACUUUUUUUUUUUCCUUGCUGUAAUUAUCAUUGUGGAAUUAAAAAACAACCCUAAAAAAAAAUAAAACCCCCUUGCAUUUUUUUGUAAUCUGUGUUGUCAGUGCUUUUGUAAAAAAAAAAAAUAAUAAUGUAAUGGACUGAAUUUGCUUUUAUGAUUUUUUGUUUUGUUUUCCAUCCUUUGUAAUAAUUUUUGGUGAGGGGGGCGUUUUCAUGGUUCUGAUUGGGGGGGGUGUUGCUUCACCCUCCCUUUUACUUGUAUAAAAUAAAGUAGUGGGUCAGCUGUGGAAAGAAAUGUACUUUUUUAUAAAUAAAGAAUUUUAAAAGAA